GUAACUAACCCAUAUAACAUCAUAUAUCAUAGAGAUUCAAGUUUUUAAAUAUACCGUUUUAUAUAAAUUAAGAAAAUAUAAGAUGUUGUUGCAGCGCCAGAUAAUAUUCCACAAAUAAUUAGUAAAACUUUUGCCGAUUUGACAGCCUUAGGGCAAGUAAAAAUCGGGGUCCGUUCCGAUUACAUAUACCCGACUUUUGUGGGAACUUAAACUUAGGUUUCCAUGGACGACUUCUGAUGUUCACUGUAUGCUUCGCUCAUGAAAAAUUAUCUUUUUUCCAGGGGAAAUAUAAAAAUUCAAAUUCAGUACUUAUUUUAAAUUUCUAAGCAUUCAGCAAAGUCCACUUAUUAUUACUUGGUUAUGGUUGUACAUAUUUGUACAUACAUAUAUAUGCAUCCACACUUCCUUUAUCGUAGUUCCUUUUAAUUUCUUGUUUACUUGUCAAAAUAAAUUCUGCACGAACGUCGAAAAUAGGCAAAUGCUGUAAACAAGCAUACAAUUUUAAAACAUAAUAUCAAAAUGAUUUUUGCGGAACCUUACAACGCCAAUAAUUUCAUCAAUAAUCUUAAAAAUGGAUUCGACAAGGAAGAAGAUAUCGAUGAUAACAAUGAAGAUGAAGGAGGCAACAAUGACGAGGCGAACAGUAAUUCGGAACAGUUUAUCCGCCUGACAGACAUGGUUCGUAAGCACUACUGUAACUAUUUGGAGAAGCAACUGCUCGAAAAUAUACAGACUUGGCACGCAAAUAUUACUCAAACCUAUGAUGAGGCCUCCAAUUUUGAGCUAACCAUAGAAAAGGCUGCACUGCAGGAGUGCUGCCGUUUGCUUGAGGAUAGGGCAUUGAAGGCAUGUAUGCAUGCACGUCGCUACCAACGCACUAUGCUAAAGAUAAUAGCAGAAGUUCGCCGCAAUACACAAGAAAAUCGUUUGGAAGAUAAGUUAAAAAAGUUUAUUGAUGCGAAUGAAGGAAAGUUCCCUUUAUGUGCUCAUAAACAAAAAGCGACACAAACUGAUGAAAGCAUCUUCUCCCUUGAUUAUCAUCCUAAAAGUUCAACAACGGAUAACUACAACAAUAUUGGCAGUAGUCCUUGUAGCUUAUCGUUGGAACAAAAAAUCGAAAUGUUUCAAAAUCGUCUCAAUCAAGAAAAUGUAGCUAAAGUUACAGCCGCACAUAAAAUGUGUAACCCAAGGUCAUCACGACGCACGCCUCAUAAACUUUCAAGGAAACAACGCCUCAAUCAUAGUAGCAACAAUAAAAUAACACGAGACAUAAGUUUUCAUGAGCAAAAUAAAAAGAAUAUGUCUUCCCUAGACUUAGAGUUAGAAUCAAUUAAAGACAAUUUAAACAUUGAACAUGUGUCAACUCCGACAAAGCUUCAGGAGGAUGCUAACAUAAACAAAUGUACUGUAACAAGCAAUUGCACGCCGACAUUGCACUCUCAUACUGAUAGCAUUGUACUAGAACACGAUGAUGAAAUCGCUAAGGAAUUAGAGCAACUAUUUAGCGAAGAAAAGUCCGAAUUGGAGGAAUUACUUGGUCUCAAUUCGCAUUCGGAACUGGAUGAUCCACAGGUACGCAGUGUAUUGGAAGAGAUUGAAAAUGCAACAUUACUACACGACAUAAAAGAAAACAAUUCGUUUGAGCGUCGCCAAUCUAUAAAUUGUAACACGGUUAAGAAAGCAUCACCAAUUAAUAUGGCUAGUCCAUCACAUCAACAUUUAUCCUUACCAUGCCAUACAGAGCGACCAGUUUUAAAUAUGCGGCACAGUUUGUGGCCUUGUGAACUGUAUAUGCAACGGCGUCGUUUAUCGGAGUCAUUAAGUCGAUUACUUGAAGAAGAUUUUCGUUGGCAUGACCUCAUCAAAUGGAAAUUUCAAACAAUUUUCGGUGACGAUAGCGAUGACGAAUUUGCGACCUGCAGCCCAUCGAUUGAACUAAACGAAGUGCUCAUCUGCAGUUGCAUUCGGCGUAUCUCGCCAUGGAUGGUGAAACAUUUAAUGAAACCGAUGCGUGCUGGUCUCAUAGCCAAUCGUUUUUUAUUUAAAAAAUUGGCAAAACGUUUAUCGCAUUCUAUAGUUUUGGAAAAUCAAUAUCCAGAUGAACGUUUUAUAAAACACGCAGUAGAGGAAUACUUUUGCCUGCAUCAGGCUGUCGUCAGUUUGGAGGACUUGGCGAAUAUGCCCAACCUAAAUGCAAUCAAUGAUAAUUUAAAUUUUUAAAAUGCUAUUAUAAGCAAACAUACAUUUGCCUGUGCCUAGAUCGAACCGAGAUAAUUGAUAUUUCUAGUACAGCAAAGCAAUGAAUUUCCUCCUAUACAUUAUUUCCUGUUAACUGAAGAUUUCUAAUAAUGAUUUUUUUAAUACGAAUGAAAAUAAUUAACGUAGGAAAUAUAUGUAUAUAUUUCAUAUAUGGAAUGGAAUUUACUUUAGAUUUCGUAAUUAAUAAUUUCGAACACAAUUCAUACUCUGCUGUGUAAAUUCUAUUUACUUUUUUUAAUAUGAUAGUUGAACUAUGUAUUUUGAAAACAA